AUGUGGGAAGACUUUUUCUCUGUACAGAUAUUUUUCAUUAUAUUAAGGGAGACUUUAGAGUCUGCUAUUAUCGUGUCGGUUUUGCUGUCUUUCCUAAAGCAAAACUUUGGCUCAGAAGACCCUAAGACUUACAAGAGUUUGCAGUUUCAAAUAUGGUUUGGCGCUUUGCUGGGUAUGCUGAUUUGCUUGGCCAUUGGAGGUGCGAUGAUUGCUAUAUUCUACUUCCUUGGUAACGACUUGUGGUCGUUGGCUGAGAGAAUCUGGGAAGGUGUAUUCAGUAUCAUCUCUGCCGUGAUCAUCUCCAUCAUGGGGUUGGCCUUGUUGAGAAUAAAUCACCUACAAACCAAGUGGAAGUCCAAGCUGGGAAGAAGUUUCACGUUGAAGAACUUGGAUGAUAUCAUCAUUGGUGACACCGACGUGGCCCAGUUGAGCAGAGUUGGAAAAAUACGCUACAAGGUGAAACUAUUCACCGAAAGACAUGCACUGGCACUACUUCCUUUCAUUACUACGAUGCGAGAGGGACUAGAAGCAGUCGUUUUCAUUGGCGGUAUCGGGGUCAGCCAACCCUUCACAUCAUUCCCCUUGGCCAUUCUGGCCGGUGGAGCAACCGGGUUUUUCGUUGGAUGGAUCAUGUAUAGAGGGGGGAACAAGAUGCAAUUGCAGUAUUUCCUCAUUUUGUCCACAGCUUUCUUAUACUUAGUAGCCUCUGGAUUGAUGUCCAGAGGAGUGUGGUUCUUGGAGUUGGAAAGAUACGUCCAGUUGUGUGAUGGACAGGAUAUGUCCGAAGUCGGAUCAGGACCUGGUUCAUAUGAUGUGAGUAACUCUGUUUGGCAUGUCAACUGUUGCAAUGGUCUUACCGACGGUGGCUGGAUGCUGUUGAACGCACUGGUAGGAUGGACUAACUCUGCUACCUACGGUUCUGUCAUUAGUUACAUUGCAUUUUGGCUAUUCAUUGUGGCAUCUCUUAAGGUUAGACUGUUCCGAGAACGUAAUGGGUACCUCCCAUUCAUUCCUUUCUCGUGGCAAAGACGUAGAAUUCGCAAACAGAUUGGUAUCUUGAAACGGGCAAUUGCAACUGCAGACGACCAGUAUUCGGAGGUAAACAGCGAAGGAAGGCCUUCCUUGACUCAACAGACUGAGACAACUGUGAGUGGGAAUGAGAUUGAGGAUGGAGAGAGGGAUACAUUACUGAGCUAG